AUGUGGCAUCACCAAUAUGGAGUCAUUGUAUUGGCAGCAUUGCUAGCACUAGACUUUUGUUUUAUUGUCAGUGCCGACGCCAAUGAAUUCCCAAACAGCCUUUUUCAAUCAUCUGGCUAUGACUGGGGCAUAUAUGGCUUGCAUCCACGACAGACCUUCAAAUCGUUCGAUCUUCGCCCCCCCUUGGUCAACUUUCUCCAGUGGGACGAAGAAUGCGAUUUUGGAUAUACUCUGCUAACGCCUCGAGGUACUCUGGUCUGGAAGCCUGCGCCGAUCAUCCUUGAUGGGAGAGGUGAGCUUGUUUGGAUGGAUGACCGGUUUGGUGAAGUCAUGAAUCUUAACGUCCAGGAGUAUAAAGGUGAGCAGUAUCUGACUUUUUGGACCGGAACUUUCGAUGAGGGCUGCGGCAAAGGAUCUUACUACAUGAUAGACUCAUCCUAUCAGGUCUUUCGGGAGUUCUCUGCUUCUCAAACCAUGAAAGGCGACUUUCACGAGAUUAAACUUACCGCCAACGGCACUGCUUUGGUCACGAUAUAUGAACUCACACCAGCAGACCUAUCGCCAUUUGGUAUUGAUGGGCAAGGUUGGAUCAAUGAUGGCGUGUUUCAGGAGAUCGAUAUUUCAACUGGGCAAGUUCUGUUCGAGUGGCGCGCCUCUAACCAUUAUUCACUCCAAGAUUCGUUUGAGCAAAUCCCCACCUCCAGUGGUUCUCAUCCCAACAAACCGUGGGACUUUUUUCAUAUCAACAGCAUAGACAAAGACGAGAGUGGUAAUUACUACAUCUCCUCUCGUUUUAUGCAUAGCAUUACGUGUAUUGCUCCCAACGGAGAGAUCCGCUGGGUCCUGGGUGGAAGGCGAAAUCAUUUCGCUGAUCUUUCCGAUGGCAAAGCCAUCUCCUGGAGCUGGCAGCAUCACAUGACGCUUCAACCCAACAACACUAUUGCCUUGUUCGACAAUGCAGGACAUUUGAAAUUCUCUCGGCACGAUGGUCCUGCACGUGCGAUGGUCUUGGCCCUAGACACGGGCAAUCUGACAGCUGAGCUCCUCAAGACAUUCGAGUAUCCAGGCGGCCGUGGUGUACCCUCGCAGGGCUCCAUGCAGUACAACACAGAGACGGGUGGCGCCUUCGUGGGCUGGGGCUACCACGGCGCCUACAGUGAUUUUAGCUCUGACGGCGAGAUCAUCUGCGAUGCCCAUAUCGCACCGUCUCUGAUUUUCGACCUGGGCUGGGUGCACUCGUACCGCACCUACCGGACGACUUCAUGGGUCGGUCGGCCGUCCUUUCCACCCUCGAUCUACAUGGAACCAAACGCAGACACGGCAUACGUUAGCUGGAACGGCGCGACUGAAAUUGUGUACUGGGUGUUGCAGCUAGCGGACGUGGAGCAACCUUUCUAUGAUGACAAGGGGCAUUAUAGAGAUGCAGGAAAUUACCCGAAAAACAGCUUCGAAAGUGCCAUCAAUCUUCCCAGGGAUUUUGAAUUCACAUAUAUGCGUAUCGCUGCGCUCGACAAGCAUGACAAGGUUCUGGGGUACACCGCUGUGGUCGAUAGGAGAAUGGGGAGUGCGCCCCGGGUUCUCGCUCCACGGUUGAGACUGCAGAAGAUCGUUGCGGAUCUUCCACUGUAUCUCCUUACAGUGCUAUCGCUCGUUGGGUGUACGUGGUUGAUGAGGAGCCAAUUGAUAUGGAUUUCUAAGCUUUGUGUGAAGAUCCGACUGCUAGGCUGGAGGAGGAGGAAGAGCUCCCGAAACAGUCCCCUUGACCACGAGUUGGAACGUCUGUAUCAGGACUGA